GUUCUGCCCAUGAGGCUGACCGGCCAGUUUGAUCCACGGAAUUUUGCGCCGCCCGGGAUACCCUGGCGGCUGAACUCGCCAGCUCUAACCCUCCUGUCCUCUCAGCUUCUUCCCAUUAUUUUCUUACUCCGAUUGAUGAGUAGCACGCAGCACACAGCACAGCUGAGGUUACCUCCAUUCGUGUGCGCAAUGUAAAAUACAAAAGAUAAAAAAUAGAAAAAACACUACUCCAUACUUGUAGCGGUAAUUCCCUUGUCUUUCC